AUGGCCGCCAGGCUUGACAUUCACAAUCUCAUCCAAACCAUUGGCCAAAUCCUUGAAGGCAGCAAGGAGAAACAACGCAAGUUCAUCGAGACUGUCGAACUUCAGAUUGGCCUGAAGGAUUACGACCUCCAGCGAGACAAGCGCUUCUCAGGAACCAUCACCCUGCCGAAUGUUGCGCGCCCCCGUAUGAAGGUCUGUGUCUUAGGCGACGCCGUGCACUGUGAGCAGGCGCAGAGAGCAAACAUUCCCUUCAGGGACAUUGAGCACCUGAAGAAGUUGAACAAGAACAAGAAACUGGUGAAGAAGCUGAUGAAGAGCUUCGAUGCAUUCCUGGCGUCUGCGGUCCUGAUUCGGCAGAUGCCGAGGGGAAAGGCGGGCAAGUUUCCGAGCCUCUUGCAACACUCCGACGACCUGGAAGCCAAGGUGAGGGAACUCCGGAGCAAGGUGAAGUUCCAACUGAAGAAGGUGCUGGGCAUGGGCGUUGUUGUGGGCCACGUCGCCAUGACCCCCGAUCAGCUGAGGCAGAACUGCUUGGUUGCCAUCAACUUUUUGGUGUCGCUGCUGAAGAAGAACUGGAACAAUGUCAAGCGCCUGCAUAUCAAGAGCACCAUGGGAAAGCCCUUUCUAAUCUAUGGACAGAGCAAUUGA